AAAAAAGACUAGUUUCUUCUACAAGAAAAAGAAGGAAAUUAGGGUUUUAAUCUUCUUCGUUUUGGAAAAGGAACCAUAAAAUUCUAUGAAACAGUUUCUGUCGGAUCAGGAACCAUCAAAAAAUCUAUAAAACAGUUUCUGUCCGGAUCAAAGCAAGAUCUCACAAAAUUCGAGAAGUUGAAUACGGACAGUACUCAAUCAAUCAAAGGAAAAUCUAGAGUUUUGGGUUGUUGUGAAUUGGGAUUGACGAUGUUCGACUGUUACGCUCCAGAAGUGCCACCGGAAAGUAAAAGGAGGAAGAAGAGCAAGGAGACGUCUCACUCGUGGUCUGGGUUAUCGUUGUUACCGGAUGAGAUAGCUCUGAGAUGCUUGGCUCGUGUUUCGAGAUUUGACCACGCGGCCUUAUCUCUCGUCUCCAAGAGCCACCGCUCUCUCGUAGCUUCCACUGAGCUCUUCUACUUGAGAUGGGAGAUGGGUUGCACCGACGUGUCUAUGUACGUAUGCAUGAAAGUCUUUCCUAACCCAUCUCCACGGUGGUUCAUUCUUACCCCUAAUAGACGACUGAACCCGAUCCAGUCAAACCCUUACCAGCCUCCGGAUUCAUCUUCUUUCGUUGUGGUGGAUGGGGGAAUCUUUGUAAUUGGUGGACUCAUCGACGACAUUCCCACUACGGAUGUGUCGUUCCUCGAUUGUUACUCUCACACAUGGCACCGCGUCAAGUCCAUGAAUAUGCCUCGAGCUUCCGCAUCGGCAUGCUUCGUAGACGGGAAGAUAUACGUGUUUGGAGGGUCCGAGCAUUACCCUCAUGACCAUAUAUGGGCAGAGGUAUUUGAUCGAGAGACUCAAACUUGGGCCCCUCUCUUGUUUUUGACCCACAAUUGGGAUUUUGAGAUACCACAAAAUCAAAUUCUCCACCAGAGUCUGGCUAUAGAGGUGAAGAAGAUUUUCGCGCUGAAUGAGAAAGAUCGAAGAUUCUACGUCUUGACAAGCAAUGAGAUAGUAAACACAGAGGAUUGGUGUAUCAUUGAUAAACUAUUGUACUGUCGCGGCACUCGCGGAAAAAUCUUAUGGUGUGAGCUAGAUGAAUUGGAUUGGAAGGAAGUUAAAGGUUUGGAAGAUUUGCAACACUCUCUCUCUAGUUCGAGACAUUCCUUUAAUAUCAACAAACUCUGCAGCAAUUCUGCUGGAAAUAUUGUUAUCUUUUGGAUCGCCCAGAGUUUGGACCUUUGGUGUGCCGAGAUUUCCAUGGAGAGAUGCAAGGGAGGCAAGAUUUGGGGGAAGAUUGAGUGGUCUGGUGUUGUUUUUGAAGUUGAUCCUUUCUUACACUCAUCAUAUGGUGUUAAGGUCUUAUAUUCCGCGUCUGUCUAUGUCUGAAAUUUUAAUCUUCACAGUCUUUGUUAACUACACA